AUCAUUAUCAUCAGCGUGUACGGCGUGUAAACACGACCUAUCUCGCUUAGACUUCAGACAAAAGGAAGGUACUAUCAUCAAAAAUGACCCCGUGUGCCUAGACUGGGAGACGCGCACUGUCACAGCCAGUCAGGUCCGCGGGACAGGGGGAAACUCCCUGCGCCAAAGCAGGCGGGGUCGGAAACGCGAAAGCCUGGCACAGCACGGGUAUCCCACCGUUGGAGGAACGCGACACGCAGAGCUCAGUGCACCGAUAGUGGCGCUGCGUAGCCGGUUGAGGGUAGCGCCGAUCCGGCAAACACGUUAGCAUCACUAUUUGAUGCAAGGGACGGUUUGAAGAAACCUCCUGCUUGCCUUUACAUAAUCUAGUACUCUCCUCCUCGAUUGCAAGACGGAACGUACAUAGAACCAGCGGCCAACAAGUACAUAAAUAUCUCAUCUGUGGAUAUUUCCAGAAAUGGACGGUUUUGCCGGCAGUUUAGACGACAGCAUCUCGGCGGCGAGCGCGUCGGACGUGCAGGACCGGCUGUCGUCGCUGGAGCUGCGCAUGCAGCAGCAGGAGGACGAGCUGGCCGUGCUGAAGGCCGCGCUGGCCGACGUGCUCAGGCGCCUGGCUCACUCCGAGGACAGCGCCACCACCAAGAAACCGUCCGGCAAAGGGCACAAUCCUCUACGUGAGGCCUACUCGAUGUCUUGCAUAGCCAAUGGGAGCUCCAGGGGUCGAAAAGCCCAUCACAGAGAUGGCCUCUCUCUGUCUGUUGCCAGAAAGGAGACCCUCUCCUCUGCAGCUAAGAGGGGCCACAGCGCGAAGCGUGGGUCGGGGAUCGAGCGUUCCCAGAGCAGCACGUGGGAGAGCGGGGAGGAAGGCAGAAGCAAGCUGGUGAAGGCCGCCUCCACCUCCAAGCUGCUCUCCAAGGCCGCAAAGAACGCAGAGAAGCACAAAGACCCAGUGAUCAGCCAAGCCAAAAUAUCGACCCGAGAAAAAAACGGACAAGAGGGGGACUACAUCAAGAUGUUCUUGCGGGGACGUCCAGUCACCAUGUACAUCCCGUCUGACGUGCAGAACUACGGGGACUUCAGAGCCGAACUGCCCGAGGAGCGGCUGAAGCUGGAGUGGGUGUACGGGUACAGGGGCCGCGACUGCCGGGCGAACGUGUACCUGCUGCCCACGGGCGAGAGCGUGUACUUCAUCGCCUCGGUGGUUGUGCUCUUCAACUGCGAGGAGAGGACGCAGCGCCACUACCUGGGCCACACCGACUGCGUCAGAUGCCUCGCGAUUCACCCUGAUAAGAUUCGCAUCGCCACAGGGCAGCUUGCUGGAGUGGAUAAGGAUGGGCGGCCCCUGCAGCCCCAUGUCCGUGUCUGGGACUCCGUCACACUGUCCACCCUCCAGCUCAUCGGCCUGGGAACUUUCGAGAGAGGAGUCGGUUCGCUGGCAUUCUCCAAAGCAGAUUCAGGCACCCACCUCGCUGUGGUUGAUGACUCGAAUGAGCACAUGCUGACUGUCUGGGACUGGCAGAAGAAGAAUCUCAUAGCUGAACUGAAGACCACCAACGAGACGGUGUUUGCGGUGGAGUUCCACCCGACGGACACCAGCACCAUCGUCUCCUGCGGCAAAGGCCACGUCUACUUCUGGACCUGGAGCGGCAGCUCUCUGACACGCAAGCAGGGCAUAUUCGGGAAGCAUGAGAAGCCCAAGUUUGUGCAGUGCCUGACCUUCCUGAGCACCGGCGACGUGGUAACCGGCGACUCCGUCGGCUUCAUGAUCGUGUGGAGCCGUAGCACUGCGGAGCCGGCCCCGGGAAAGGGGUCUAAAGGCGCGUAUCACAUCAGCCGUCAGAUGAAGGCCCACGAGGGAAGCCUCUUCACUCUGUGCCAGAUGAGGAACGGGACCCUCCUCACUGGAGGUGGGAAGGACCACAAGGUCAUCCUGUGGGACCACAGCCUCCACCCAGAACGAGAGAUUGAGGUGCCAGAGCAGUAUGGAACCAUUCGAGCACUGGCCGAGGGGAAGGGGGAGCAGUUUCUGGUGGGGACGUCCCGUAACUUCAUCCUGCGGGGCACGUUUAACGAUGGCUUCCAGGUGGAGGUGCAGGGCCACACGGAUGAACUGUGGGGGUUGGCCGCACACCCCUUCAAGGACCUCUUCCUCACCUGUGCCCAGGAUCGGCAGGUGUGCCUGUGGAACUCCGUGGACCACUCCCUGGAAUGGAGUAGGCUUCUGGAUGAGUCGGGACACUGUGCAGACUUCCACCCUAGUGGUGCUGUUGUGGUUAUUGGGACCCAUUCAGGAAAGUGGUACGCUUUGGAUGCCGAGACCAGGGACCUGGUGGCCAUACACACUGACGGGAACGAGCAGCUCUCUGUCAUGCGCUACUCCUCAGAUGGUACGCUGCUGGCUGUGGGAUCACAUGACAACUUCAUUUACCUAUACAGCGUGUCUGAGAAAGGCAAGAAAUACAGCAGACAUGGGAAAUGCACUGGACAUUCCAGCUACAUCACACAUCUGGACUGGUCUCUCGACAGCAACUUCAUCAUGUCCAACUCAGGCGACUAUGAGAUCCUAUACUGGGACGUUUCGAACAGCUGCAAGCUGAUCAAAAACCGCUCUGAGUGUAAGGACAUCGACUGGGCCACCUACACCUGCGUCCUCGGAUUCCACGUCUUCGGCGUGUGGCCCGAGGGCUCAGACGGCACGGACAUAAACGCCCUGAUGAGGUCUCACAACAGGAAGCUGAUUGCGCUGGCUGACGACUUCUGCAAACUUCACCUCUUUCAGUACCCCUGCUCUAGACCCAAGGCCCCCAGCCACAAGUACACCGCCCACAGCAGCCACGUUACCAACGUCAGCUUCCUGCACAGCGACAGCCACGUGGUGUCCACGGGGGGCAAGGACACCAGCGUCAUGCAGUGGCGUGUGGUGGAGAGGGCCCCCUCCCUGGGCACCGGCGAAGGACUCACCCUCGGGCUGGGGGAAGGGCUUCUUCACAACUCUGCCCCCUGGGGCGGGGGCCCAUUGCCGGCACAAGCGCACAUGCCCACCGAACCCACCAGGCCCCUUCCCAACUCUGUUGGGCCCACACCCAAUGGACACCCAACAGAGAGCUCGCCAGAGAGCACCCCACCCCCCUCCGAUAGCACGCUAAGCCCCGAGGAUAGCCUGGAGCAACCUAGCGACGACUUGGCCACGCCCAACGACGAGCACGGGCCUCCUUUACCCUUGUAAGGUUCUGCGCCACAGGAAGAGCCCCUCUUUCCCACACUGGAGUGUACCCAGAUGUCACUGCAGCUUCCACACUGGAGUGCAGUACACUUUUUUGUAUGAGAAUCUUUUAAUCUUUUUUUUUUGAAUGGAAGGGGAUUGAGGAGAGCCCCCUUUGUGUCUUACCACUCUACUACAUCUCAUGGAAAAGAAUGAAGGGGGAAGUGAUUGCACACAUUUUUGUUGGGCUCUCCAUAUUUUUUAAAAAGCACUUGGAGAGACUUGCAUGGUUGAAUGUCUGCACUGCAUUUCAGCUGAAUACAGUAUUUGUAAUGAAAUAACAGGAAUACUGAAUUAAUAGUGUUUCAUUUACCGCAGCUUACUUAUUUUUUCAGCAGCAGUUGUCAGUGUGCAUUUGUUUUUUAAUGCUUGAUUGGAGAACUUUCCUUUACCAGCAGUACUUUGAAAAACAGAAAAUCUGGUCUGAUGGCUGUGUCAUCUGUAGAGUUUUUUGAAAAGUAAUGAAAAGAAAAAAAGAAAGAGAAAUGUGUUAAGUGGUUAAGUACUUCGGGCCAUGGUCCUUUUGUUUUUGUUACGGAGUCAUCCCAGGUGCUGUUCCCUGUUUGCCAAAUCUCAGGGUCAACCUGCCAGGUAUCAUAAAGCCAGCCAAGAUGGAGGCGUCCAUCUUGCCCACAGGGCCCUCUCCACCACCCCUGAACAGUUUCUCUGCAGUCUGAGUGGACACAGUGUAGACUUCUGAUGCACUUUCACUGGCUGAUAAUCUAAAGGGGAAAGCCUUCCCCCAGAGUACAACUGGGAGCACCAUAGAUAUUAUGUUAAUAGACUAGUGGUUGGUGAGAUGCAUGCAUCAAACUGGCCUGUUCACCACACUGGGUGCAUUCCAGUCACUUAUUUUUCACCUCCUUGCUUCCUUUCCUUGUGUUCUUUCAAAGCUCCUAGCUCCACCCAUCGGAGGACGCAAAAAAAGGAAGCAGGGAAAGGACGUGAGGAUGGAGGAAUCAAGGAAAUGUGUAUUAGGCAAAUGGAGUGGCCUUGCUCUUUCAAGUGUCACUUUGAAGCUACAUCUAUUACAGUCAUGUAAUUAUUUUGAUUUUAUAUUUAUAUGUCAGGCAUUCUGAAAAAAAAACUUCAGAAAAAGAUGCACUCGCGUUUUCUUGCUCAAGCCUCCUUCAGGAGCCUCCUAGCUCCUCACUCCAUCAAGGAGUAUUUAAUGAGUUGGAAUGCCUUUGAAGAUGGCGGACCUUGAUCGAUUUUCAGGUCAUGCAAGGACCAAGGUGACAAGAACGAAUAAAAUAAAUGAUUGGACUGAGCCCCCUGUAUUUGAGCUCCAUUGUGCCAUGGAAACAGACCUUCUUUGUGAACCACAUAGCAUAGAUAUGAUUGGCUGAGCUACAGGGACCUGUGAAGUAAUAGGUCAGAAAACAGAAAGCAGCAACAGACUUUUUUCAACCUGUAGAAUAGAGGUGGGGCCACAAUUCCAUGCUGUAAUUGGCCAGUAUUGGGCCAAGGCACAGCGUGUUUCUUUCAUAAGUGCUUUGUGUUUUAAAGUGUCGGGCCACCUUUGGUGUGAUGGAUGCUGUAAAAAGGCAUGCAAUAUGGAUGCUUUGUCUGUUUGUUUCUGGUUCCGUGAAGUGAGAAUUUCUAAGAGACGAAAGAUGAAGCCAGUGCAUGAUGUCAGUGUUCUAUGGAUGUAAACAGAAAGUCAAUGGGAAUUAUGUAAUGCAAAGGUUUAGUACAGUCAGAGGUUUCAUUUAGUAGUGACAUUGUACCAACAUGGAACCAACGUUGUUCUCCUUUAAUGUUCAAAGCUCUCAGCUUUACUGCUGCUGUACAGAGAAUCCCUUUUUUUAUUUUUUAUUUUUAAUCUUGCUUGUAUCAUGUUAAAAUUAUUUCCAAAUCAAUGCUUGUGUUUUGUUCUUGGUAGAGAAACGGUUUUCCAUUAUACCUUUGGGACUUACCUGGACUGUCAACAGGCAGCACAAUCCCAGAAUGCUUUGGGAUUACACUUGCCAAUGGUGAAAUGCCUCUCACACCAUUCUUGGGAGAGUCAAAGCUAGUGGAGACAGACAGGAAGAACUAGUAAGCUGCAGCCAGCUGGUAAUGAAGAAAUGCCAAUACAUGAUUUCUUUGUGGCAGACAAAUGAUACAAUAUUAAAAGCAGUCAUAAGGGGAAAGGCAAAAAUAGCAUGCUCAAAUAUGUGUGCUGUAUCUUUAAAAAACUUGGCCAGCAUCCCGUUCUGGUCAUGCAGUUUACAUGUCGGUGUGACAGGAGCAAUCCUCCUAACUCUCACUUGUUCUCAGAUACAUACAUACUUCAUAUCUAAAUGUGUUCAUGUGACCACACUGACAUGGUUACUUCCUGUAUAUAAUGAUAUAACUUUGUGUAUAUUUCAGUUCACUUAAUUUUUAUUUAGAAAUUGUUUUUUUUGAACUUGCACUUACAGCCAAGAGUAUUCUAUUGGUACACACCAGUGUGCCCUACUAAACCAAUGCAUGUGUAACGUUUUAGUCGUGGUUCAUUAUAGUAUCUUGAUUGUAAUGGUUGGGAAAAAUAUUGUUUUGAAACCCAUGAGGGCUGAAGUAGUGGCACCAUGUACAUUUUGUCUGACACCUUAACCUCCACCAAUAAGAGCAACAGUGACCACAAAACAUAAAAAUGAACAGUACCAACAGCAAAGAGGUGUGUGUGUGUGUGUGUGUAUGUGACUGAAUGAGUGAGUCAGUGUGUGUGUGUGUGUGUGUGAGUCAGUCAGUCAGUCAGUCAGUCAGUGUGUGUCUGUGUGUGUGUGUGUGUGUGUGUGUAUGUGUAUGUGGUGUGUGCGUGUGAGUAUGUGUGUCUGUGUUUAUGUGUGCUUGUAUUUUCCAGACAGCAAAAUUAAAUCUAUAGACUGUUUGGUUAUUUCUCUGUCUGCCUCUCUCAUUGCAAAAAGAGACAUACAGAAACACAUGUUCAUGAGCCCUAAAGACAUAUGCUGUUCAUAUGAAUACUUCACAUGAACAAUUAACCCUGCAAUGACAGAUACUAUUGCGCAUAAUUAUACAGUUUACACACUGCAGGUAAUAAAAACAGUUAAACUCAGGUGAUUGACAAAGGAUCACACGUUAGCUAAAAGCUUUGAAGCCACAACUUCAAAACGAUAACAACCAGUUAAAGAGAAAUGAAAUUACCAAUUGGUGUCCAUGUUUAUGUGAAUGUUAUUACAGGAUGCCCUGGUUGCAGGGUCCACCAGGUGAAUCUGAAUGUCUCUCUUUCCCCCUCUACAAUAUUCCUCCUGUUUCAAACUAAAUAAUUAUAGGUUUUUGACUAUUGCCUUUUCCCUGAGAAAUGAAAAUAUAAAAUCACCCAGUAUUUGACAGGACAGUCUGACAGUGGCUCUCCUGAUUCGAUUGAGCUGACAAUGCAAAAGGGUCACGGCCAUCUGACUGGGCUUGAAACCCUGAAUCAACUGAAUAUACAGUAGCUUAGGGAAGGUGUCUAGGUCCGACCCCAUAGAUGGAAUAAGGUGAGGAGCCGAAAGUGAGCCUGUGAAUCCCCCCUGUGGGUCCCCUCUCUCCUGCAGAACUGGGUUGGAGAAGAAUGAGUUUGCCAGCACCUACAUCCCCCCAUAAGGACAGCAGAACCCAGUGCUGAAUUGGACUGUGUGUGGGGUAUUGGCAGUGUGAGGUGAGAUCGAGGUACAAGCAGUAGGGAAAGGUGAUAGUUUACAAAGAAAGGAGGAAUGAUCACAAGACCCAGAUUCAAUCUAACUGCUAAGUGCUUAGUCCUCGAAAUAUCAUGAAUACUUCAUUGGAAUGGAACCAAAUGUACCACUUGUCUUUGUCUUUUGUCCUUCACUUUUGUUCCUCAAAGUUAAGGACAAAGUGAAGUUAUGUGAAGGUAUUUGAACCAAUAUGUUGGUUACUCGUUUAUUCCUUUCAAAUGGCAGUACGAUGAUACAAAUAAAAUACUUUUCAAACUGA